CCAUCUCCUGUCCUGACCUCUUACCAUCUGCUGUGUACUUUUCAGGGAAGCUAGGUUCUAACCCCAAGACCUCAAGAUGGGAGAUGAAGAGAAAAGGAACAGGGCCAUUACGGCCCGCAGGCAGCACCUGAAGAGUGUCAUGCUCCAGAUAGCUGCCACUGAGCUAGAGAAAGAAGAAACUCGCCGGCAAUCGGAGAAAGCCAACUAUCUAUCUGAGCACUGCCCUCCCUUGCACCUGCCAGGGUCUAUGUCUGAAGUGCAGGACCUUUGCAGACAGCUCCACGCCAAGGUCGAUGCAGCUGAAGAGGAGAAAUAUGAUAUGGAAAUGAAGGUUCAGAAAAGCACAAAGGAGCUGGAAGACAUGAACCAGAAACUCUUUGACCUUCGGGGCAAGUUCAAGAGGCCUCCUCUGAGGAGGGUGCGGAUGUCUGCUGAUGCCAUGCUGAAGGCGCUGCUGGGCUCCAAGCACAAGGUGUGUAUGGACCUGAGAGCCAACCUGAAGCAAGUGAAGAAGGAAGACACCGAGAAGGAAAGGGACCUUCGUGAUGUGGGUGACUGGAGGAAGAAUAUUGAAGAAAAGUCUGGAAUGGAGGGCAGAAAGAAGAUGUUUGAGACUGAGUCCUAGGCCUGCUCGCCCGCCCUCCUGCAGCUGCCUUCCCGCCUACUUGUCUACCCACCUGCCCACCAGCCUGCCCACUUGCCCACCCUCCCACCUCCUGGGCCUCCCAUUCCCAUCCCAGCCCUAUGUAUUCCAGGCCCAUUUCUCCUGCUCCUGUGCCAAGGCCAGCCCCUCAGAACCCGGCUCCUUGCCCUGCCCUGUGGCCCCAAGGACCCCUGCACAGGCUCAGCUCUGCUCGGCUGCACUUUUCCAAAGGGCCCAAGAGAGUGAGAGCAGAUGGAGAGUGAAGCAGAAGUCAGCCCCGCCCCCCAGGUGUGCAGUAGGGUGGGGCCCCACCCUCUCCAGAAA